AUGGGUAAUGACGGUGGAAGUAUCCCUACUCGGCGAGAACUGGUCCGCGAGGCCGCAAAAGCGCCAUCCGUGACACAGGUAAAAGAGGCCCAACGCGAACAACUCGAGCACUAUUGGACCACAUGCCCACUGUCGCAUAAACCUCUUCUUCGGCCUAUUGUAUCCGAUUCGGUUGGAAACCUAUAUAACAAAGACUCAAUACUGAAAUAUUUGAUUGGCACCGAAGACGACGAUAUCAGUUCGAAGGCGGACUGCGAUGAGAUCUUGCAGGGGCGAGUAAAGAGUUUGAAGGAUGUGGUCGAGCUCAAGUUCGAUAUUGAUGCUGAAAGCGACGCGACAAAAGAAGGUGGUGAGAGAUGGGUCUGCCCUGUUACCACCAAGCAGCUCGGCCCUGCUGUCAAGUCAGUUUAUAUCGUGCCUUGUGGCCAUGUCUUUGCCGAAGAAGCAGUUCGGGAAAUGAAGGGAGACACAUGUCUGCAGUGCAACGAACAUUACAGCGAAGAUAAUGUCAUCGUCAUCCUACCUACAAAGGAAGCAGAUAAACAACGAUUAAUGGCGCGAGGCCGGAAACUCGCCGAACAAGGACUCGCGCAUUCCCUCAAAAAGCUCUCCGGGUCAAAGAAGCGCAAGAAGCAUGCAAGCGGCAAUCCCUCAGCUGCUGAAGAACCCGCUGCGCUAGCGUCAAAAUCUAAAGCUGACUCCACUGAUCAAGUAGCACGUACUGUACCAUUGGGCAUAAAGAACGCCUCGACGGCCCUCUUGACAGCCAAAGUUUUGGAAGAAGAGCAGGAAAGGGAAAAGAGGCAAAAGAUGGCUCGAAGCAAGAAUUUGCAGAGUCUAUUCCACAAUGACAAUGAUAAGGAGAGGCCGAAAAUAAAAGAUGGAGAUUUUAUGACGAGAGGGUUUUCGAUACCUGCCAAUGCGCGGAGAUGAGUUGGAUUUUUGAUUCAUUCCUAGCGUUUCUUGCAAAAACAUGGAGGGAAAUUUUUAUUAAAUUCCACCUCGUCUGUCAAGGUUGUUCCUCCUGGCAUGAUUCCAGGCGGAGUAUUAAUCAGCUCACGCAGAGCUUGAUGGAGCACACAUACCCUCAGUCAUUUCA